AUGAAGGCCACGUUCAAUCUCCCGGGCUCAACCCUGGGAGAAGGACUUCUUGUCCAGACCUCCAGCGGCCCAGUUCAAGGCUUCGUCAACCUCACUACCCCCGAUGUCCGUCAGUUCCUGGGGGUUCCAUUUGCAGAGCCUCCCGUAGGGGAUCUUCGGUUCGCCAAACCCGUACCGAAGCAGCCUAAUGGCACGGUCAAUGCUUUUGCGCUCCCUGCCUCCUGCAUGCAACAGACGAGCAACAGCACGUCAAUUUACACGGCGUAUGAGACCGGGUUCCUGAUCAGCGGAGGGGACUCGGAAGAUUGCCUCUACCUCUCGAUUUGGGCUCCAUCGGUGGAGAAGAUCCGCUCCCAGCAGCGCCCGUUGCCGGUGCUACUCUAUGUCCCUGGAGGAGGGUUCACGAGCGGAGGGCAGGCUUCCUUGUAUAAGAUCCCGGAUAACUGGGUGCAGCGGACGCAGGCACAUAUCGUGGUUAUCAUGAACUAUCGUGUCAAUGUCUUUGGAUUCCCUAAUGCUGAGGGACUGGAGAAUCAGAAUGCGGGACUGCUCGACCAGCGAUUGGCCGUGGAGUGGGUACACGACAACAUCGCCAACUUUGGCGGAGACCCUGAUCGAAUCACGCUCUGGGGCCAGUCCGCCGGAGGGGGCAGUGUUUCGCUCUACACCUACUCCUACCCCAAUGAUCCCAUCGUGGCCGCCAUCUCUGCCGACUCUGGUGCCCCUGGCAUCGUCAGCUUUUCGGAUUACACCCACAGCAACUUCACCUUCUUGGCGGGUCUUGUCGGCUGCGGUGGACUGAACAGCUCCGCCGAGCUCAGCUGCGUGCGCAGGGUGCCCGCACGGACUCUGGAGACCGCCUUGUCCACAUACUCCGGCACGCCGUCCAUCUCCUUCAAGCCCUCCGUAGACAACGUCACCGUUUUUGCCAACUGGACCCAACGGGCACUCGAAGGCAAGGUGGCUAAGAUCCCCAUGAUCAUCGGCAGCAACACCAACGAAGGCGCCGGCUUCGUCUCCUUCACGCCCGAUGGCCCCGGCGCCGCAACGCUCUUCCAGCUUACCGAAUCCAUCAUCGCUUGCCCCGUGGCCCAGGAGGUCAAGAACCGCAACCUGGCCAACCUCCCCACCUACCGCUACCAGUACGCCGGCAACUUCUCCAACAUCUCGCCCCUGCCCUGGUUCGGCGCCUACCAUAGCUCCGAGCUGCCGAUGCUGUUCGGCACCCACUUCCAGUACCGGGGCCCCUCGACGCAGUUCGAGUGGGAGGUCAGCUACGCGAUGGAGGCGCUAUGGCUGUCCUUCGCGGAGGAUCCCGCCCGGGGUCCGGCCCGGCUGGCCAUCGAGGGGGCGGCGCUGAACCCGAAUAAUCAGAGUCUAUUCAAUUGGCCCGAGUUUGAGCAGGGAUCGGACAACAUGUUGUUGUUCGCGGAGGACGGGGUGCUGAUGCAACUGGUCUCUUCGGAGCGAAUUGAUGGUAAUUGUACGGGGUUGUGA